AUGCCGUCGGCUUCCCCCUCUCCCGUUAAACGGCCCUCGCUAAACGAACGCACCUCCUCUACCCAUUCCCUGAGUUCCUCGGGCAGACAGACCACCACCAUCCACAAAGUCCACCGACCUCACGUCGUCAAUCGCCACUCGAGAAAUGUCUCUCACGGCAAGGGACUGAGUAAAUUGGGUAAAGUCCAGUCGACCGCCAGCAUCGCUUCCGACUAUCAAACUCAUCACCAGAGGAAAAAGUCAGGAGGCACCUCACCCUCGCACAGUCCGAAGACGCCUCUGGUCAAACGCAACAGCUCCCAUGUGGCCUUGGUCAAGAAUACCUCGUACGGGAACCUGCGCAAAAAUCAAUCGGCCAACGCGCUGCCCCGAAACGCCUCUCACGGGGCUCUGAAGAAGGUUGGACUGACGCCCGCCAUAAGGAAAAAGAGCAAGGACGAGAAAGAUGGCGUGUUCCAACUCGGAGAUCGAUCUUCAGACGAUGAAGAGGAGGGCGAAUGGGAGGAUUCAACGACGCAGUCUCCCGAGCUCACGCGCAAUAACUCGAAGACAUCUACGCCUGCACGGGCACAUACGCCGAACGGAGACACAGCUCCUCCACACCCUUCGGAGGGCGACACCAGCCGCCCUGAAAAGACCUCAUCGCCGCCUCAAGCAUCCUUAAAGACCAAGAACCGCUCAGCGCCGAAUCUCAAGAAUGAGCCGGUUAUAUCGCAGCUGCAGAACCCGCCUGAUCCUGCACUCCUUCAACAAUAUCCUCGUUCAGCUCGGGCCCCCCCGACAAUGUCGACGGUUUCGGCGCAUGUAGGGCCCAGCCAGUUGGUGCGCAACGACUCAUCCCGGUCCUUCACUCACAUCUCUCAUGCCGACGCUUCUUCGUCGAUGGCCGGCGCCAGUCACUCGGGUCAGACUCCCGCUUCCGGGAAGCACGCGCCUGCCUCGACUGGGCCCCUCUCCGGCCCUGUCCUGGUGUCCUCAUCUAUUGAAGGUGGUGUCUCGCAUUUCCUACAGACAGACACUCCGGCCAGCUCUCUCCGUCAGAUUGCAGACGACUCCGAUGAAGACAUGCCGUCGAAUUUUCUUUCCACCUUCAAGCCACAACCGUCGGAAUCGCCGGAGAAGACCAAGACCCUCCACAAGGCAAGGAUCUCUCAAAAUCCUUCCCGAACGCAGCAGAAGCUGGAGCUUCAGCGGAGAGAGAUCAUGAGAGCAGGAGCCGCGACACCUACCACCCCUCCCGCCACUGGCAUGGGACAUCCUCUAGGUUCUGGGACUGCGUUGCACGGCCGGGCAGGGUCCCGGAAUAGGAAUCGAUCUCUGGCCGGAGAGAUCAAAGCCGCAAAGCAGGAUUACGAAAGUGCCGUCAAACAGUUGAUGGUGGUCAGGAGAUUCCGGAGUCCACUCGUUGAAAGCAUGAACCGGCUCAAGGAGCGAAACGUGCUACCACAAGACAUUAGCUCAGUCACCUCGAGCGGCGCAUUCUCCAAGAGCAGACCGCAAAGCCGGCGUGGACCCAGUACCACUAGUGUGAACGGGCAGGCAAAGACUGGCACCAGCCGGAGUUUUGAGGACCCCAAGCCGUCACCACUGUUGUCCCGCUCCACCAGUAGCCGUCACGGGGGUAGAGUUCAUUUCCAGCGGCAGAGCAGCCAUGAUGACAUCGAGGUGACUCCGUCGCAGGGCAAUCCCGACGGUGCACAGGACGAUGAGCACUUUGGGCUCACACCGAUAGAGGCACUGAUACGGCGCAUUUGGGAUAGCCGGGAAGUGUACGAUGCUGGGGAACCUGGAUCGGCGUGA